GCAGGGUCUUCAUAGUAUUGAACCUGAAAAGUUCUUGUCUGACAUCCAUCUGAAGUCAUUUCUUUUCGAAUUCUUUCGAGACAACAGAAUGAAAUUUUACCACAGAAUAACUUUGGCACUGGCGAUAAUAUGCCUUUUUGGGGACAGUGGACUGGGAGUCCCAGCCAAAGGCAGGGUGAAAUGCAACCCAGAUGAUAAGUACUCAAACUGUGUACAAGAAAUGAGCCCCUUGGUGCCCCUAUCAGGGCAACGCUCUCAACUUUCACCUUCUGCUGCAAAACACAUAUUCCCAGUUAGCAAAGAGGAAGCCACUCCUGAGAUGGAGGAGCAGUCAGGAGAGGGUUCAGGUAACUCCGACGCCUUCCCUCCUUUUAUCGGCAUGGAUCAGAAGUUGACGAGAGACGCAAGAAGUCUCAAGGAAGAAGUCAACAAGAAUGAAGAAGAAGGGUCAACUGAGUCCAGUGGAGACAUUGAUUACUCUGAAUAUGUAAUACCUCAGAAACUAGAUUUGCUUUCUAAAGAGGAUUUGAAAGAGGAAAACAUUAUUGCAUAAAAAGGGCUACAUUAGAUUUCAUGUGCUUUUUUUAUUAUUAUUAUUUCUACAAUGUGAACCUUACAGGAUGCUGCUUUUUUGGUCACAGAUAUAAUUGAUUUAUUCUUAAACUGUGACAUGCUCUGCAAAAGUCUAUUGUAUUCCAGUUUGCAUUUGUAAGGAUCUAUUUUUGUUUGCUCUUCAACUUUGAAACCUUUAUUAUUAUUAUUAUUUUAUUUACUCUUAAUGUCCGCAGCUAUGAACUGUAUUAAAACAAUAAUUUAAAUUCUAAAUUCAGCAGGGGCAUCUUAAAUAAAGUGUUUGGAUAGCAAGAAGUAUAUUUUGUACAAAUAUUUUUUUGCCAUUUUUUUUUUAUUUGUAAUAUAUUCUGAACUUUCAAAAAAAACAACAACUGUUGAACUAUAAAGCAUUUGUCUCUUGUUUUAAGCACUUUACACCAGAAAGAGGAGGAAUGAACUGUUUUGAAAUAAUGUUCUAAAUGUGAGAUGAGGUCAGCCGUUCAGGCUUCCUGUUUAACCAGAAGUGUAUUAUCACACUUUGGCUGACUUGUGCGUUUCCGGACUCUCAUCUCAUGACCCGUUUCUCAGCGUUUUGAGUACAGACAUAAAGUCUAGAAUCAAUCUACAUGUAAAGCAACAUUAUAAAAUUGUUUUCAAAAGGUGCAAAUGUGCGAAUUCAAAAGGAUGCCAUGUGGUUAAGAGGACAAACUGCUUUUAGAAACCAUUAACACCUAGUUUCCAUUACACCAACACAAUAAAAUAUUUUCCCUCGCUUUG